UCUUGAACUUUUCAAGCAUGCUUCAGCAAUUGACAGUUUAGUACCUAUCUUGAGUUGAAGAAGCGCAUUAUCAAGCCUAUGUCGUGGGAUACAUUUCUUAUUGCACUCAUUGAUGAGCAUCUUGAAACGGCGAAGCACAUUGUCAAAGCUACGAGGCAGGUUCCAUUUGUUAUUGAAGUCAUUGGUACAUUUUUACGUGGAAAAUCAAUAGCAGAUUGGUGGAAUAUAGAGGACUCGAUUAAACUACAGAACGAGAACUCUUGAGGGAGGUUGAAGGAUUGUAGGGAGAUUUUGAAUGUCUGUUAUGAAGCAUUGCAUGAGAAGCAGAAAGAAAUAUUUUGGGAUAUAGCCUGGUUUGCCAAUGGCGUGGACAGUCGGAUUGCAUCAUAUAUGUGGCCCGAUCUAAAUCUUGUCUUCUCACCAUGUUUUGAUGCCCCCAGUGAAAAUCGGAGGAGAAAACAUGCUGUGGAUGCAUAAAAUGCUGAAGCGCCUCAGCAGAACUAUGCAUCAAAAAGGAACUAACUAUCCUGAAAGUCGCAGUAGACGGUACAUGAAUGUUACAGACCUGGAAGAAUUCAACGAGAAAGAGGGAAAGGAAGAGGUGGAAGCCCUUUGCUUUGACUUAAAAACCCGUCAUUCCCCUACAUUCAACGAAACCGUUUUCAAGAGCAUGCCAAACAUAGUGUUCUUGAAAUUGGAUCGCGCAAGUAUGACUGGAAAUUUCGCAAAUGUGUUUCCAAAGUUGAGGUGGCUUCGUUGGCAAGGGUGCCCGAGGGAUUUCAAAGCAGCAGAGUUUAUUCUGACAAAACUAGUCAUUCUUGAUCUUUCAUGGAACAAGGUCACCGAUGACUGGGGAGGUUGGAGGUUGAUGAAGGUGGUUUUCUAUUUACAGCUCUAAUGCAUUUGUCCUGUUAAUUAUCUGGCAAUUGACCUUGUGAUUUUUUCUCUCCUGUUUUAUAGAUGGAGCAAUCGAAAGUCUUGAAUCUCACCAGUUGCACUGACUUACUGAUAAGUCCUACAUUUUCGAGCUUCCCGAAUUUGGAGAUACUAAUUCUAGAGCGAU